ACGCGGACAGACGCCCUCUGCACCAGGGUACGUGUUGCAUCAGGCAGCAGCAACAGUUUGCGCACAUCGUCGAUAUAUACUACACAAUUCUUCCGUUUUUUUUUCGGGCAAUAGUUUUGAGAGAUGGGCAACCUGGGGCUGUUGAACGUGACGCUGUGCUUUUUAUUAGUGGCGUGCAGUCAGGUUUACGGGGACAGUUCCUGUGAUAGUGAAAUAUCAGACACUCUACGAGUCUUACUCAAUCCUGACGAAAACGAUUCCAUACAAGUUCAAGCUUUGAGACGCCAAUUAUUACGAAAACUGCAGGACUUAGAUGAGAGGGCGUUUAGAAGAGAUUUGGCUUAUUUAGCUGCCUGGAGUAAUCUACCUGACGAACACAAACGUAACCUUGAAGCGCUGGCCAGAGCUGGUACUUGGUACAAGAACCCACCCGAACAAGACGAUGACUCUAACUACAAGCGCAGCAUAGCCUACUUGGCAAAAAACGGCCAACCGCCCUUAAUGCCACUGCCCUUAGAAAACCAGAAGCGUGGUAUAGAAGCUUUAGCCAGAAAUGGCGACUUACUUCAUCGUCAGACCCCUCAAGAUUUACGAACUAUACUGGAAGCACUCUACGGCAAGAGAAACGUAGCCUAUCUGGCCAGGAUUUAUCCAAAUACAAAAUACGAUAAACGAUCCAUCAGUAGCCUGGCUAAAACAGGUGAUCUACCCUACGCUUAUGGCAAGCGAAGUAUACAAAGUCUGGCAAGGGAUGGAGUAUUAGGAAAGAAAUCAGAUUAUAUCGAUGCACCGCAAGACAAGCGCAACAUCCAAGCUAUCAAAGCGCAACAGAGGAACAAAAGGCAAGCUGAUUAUUUCAACAAUGAGUUUGUGUAUCAACUACCGACCGAUUACGAGGACGAGCUGCAGGACCUGGAAACGGCUGCACAGGAUGCCUAUCCAGUCGAGGACAAAAGGUUUCUAGGUUCAGUAGCUAGAACUGGUUGGUUCCGUCCUACCAAUUCGCAGAACUUCCUGAUGUCACCCUCAAAACGCCACGUGGCCGCUUUGGCAAGGCUCGGCUGGUUGCCUGCCUAUCGAUCGUCACGACGGUUUAAUCGAUCUGGUCGAUCUUACGUCAAAGAAGAAUCUAACGAUAUUUGCAGGGAGAAUUCCACAGAUGGGAAAAACCAAGGACUACAGCUAUACCAAAAUCCCGUCGAUACCACUAGACUCGAAACGCUAUCUUCUACAACCCGCCGUUGA